UGAGUUCAUCAGCUGGGAUCCAGAACAGUGUGGCACCGACCAUAUUACGCUACCUAGACGCCGGUUUUGGAUACCAGAUAUGGUCAUGAAUGAAUUAGUAUCUAAAAACACAGCCCCAUUUGUGCCUUAUGUACAUGUCUAUUCUGAUGGCAUGAUCUACGACUUCAGCCCUGUCAGAGUGGUUAGCACCUGCAGACUGAACAUCUACACCUUCCCCUUCGACGUCCAGAAUUGCACUUUCACCUUUGUCUCCUACAGCCACAAAACCAAGGAUAUCAUGGUUGAACUCAACAGACCGAUAGAAGAGAUUAUUAAGAAAACAUUGGCUGUGAUGACUACUGUAGGGGAGUGGAAGCUAAUAGAUAUCACUGCUCAUAAAGAAACGCGACCUGGACUUCAAUUUGACCGUCUCAUAUUUCACAUUGGUCUGAGGCGCAAGUCCACUCUCUAUGUGGUCAACCUGAUCAUCCCAAGCUGCUCCUUGACCACAGUGGACCUCUUCAGCUUCCUGUUACCCCCACAGAGUGUGGACCGCUCGGCCUUUAAGAUGACCCUCAUCUUAGGCUACACCGUCUUCCUGUUGCUUAUGAAUGACUUGCUGCCGGUCACCGGCAACACCAUACCACUCAUAAAUGUUUUCUUCGCCCUCUGCCUGGCUCUGAUGGUGUCCAGCCUGUUGGAGACAAUCCUCAUCACCCAUCUCUACUCAAGCUCCAGUCGCUUUGCUCCUGUCCCCCGCUGGGUGAGAGUAGUGGUCCUUCAAAAACUGGGGUGUUGUGUUGGUCUGCCUCCAAAGCCAACAAAAGACCAUUCAACAGAUACGUCUCCCAAUGCUGUAAGGGAGGAGAUCAAAGCUGGUAAGACUCCUCCAAUGCCCCUGGAACUGGAAGACACAACCCCAGGCGAGUUGAGAGAGUUGGGGAGAGACCUCCGGGCGAUCCGGCUACACGUGGAACAGCAGCUGAGUGGGGACCAGAAGUCUGAGGAGUGGAUCCAGGUGGCUUCCAUCAUUGAUCGCUUCCUGUUUGGGCUCUACACGCUCUUCAUAUCAGUCAGUUCUAUAACUAUGAUCUGGAUCUGGGUUGAAUCAGACAGACGAUAG